AAACAUCAACACGUGAAGAGCGCCUUCGUGCUCUCUCUGGCUCUGCGCAAGUGGCUUAUAGUUCACGCAUGAGGGUUCCCUUCGUUCUGAACCGCGAAAACUGCCGCACUGAUCGGCCCACAGUUUUUUCCUGCUAAAUUUCCGUCAGAAUUGCACAACUCAGGAGGUUGCGGUCCGAUAUUCGGGGGAAACUCGCUGUCCCCAUUGUGAGUGAUUGUCGGAAAUCAGAAUGAAUAAAUUGUUGGUGAGACCAACCACGCGAUGGUACGAGCAAGUUCCGAGUCCGCCGGACCGAUGUUCCAUCAACGAGAAUCUCGUACAAAAACUCUCGCAAGAAUGCUUAAGGCUGCUGGAAGAAGAAGCGCCACUCUACCAGUCUUACAAGGAACAGUCAGCUGCGAAAAGCGACUUCCGCUGGAUAGAAAUGGUGCGGAAGAAAGGAUCGUUGCAAGAUCGGACCGCCGCCUACACACUCCUCAUACAAGAUUCACCGGUUCAUAAUGUCGAGAGUUUAGAUACCCUGAUCCAAUGGGUGUCUCCGAAAGGCAAACGCGAAUGCUUCCUCGCCCUCGAUGCUCUCGUCGACAUCUUCGUUCAGUAUCUCCUACCGCCCAGCCGGAAGUUGGUGCCCUUCGAGAACAGACCUCUAGAUAAGCUCGACAUGACCAAAAAGACAGACAGGAGUCGAUGCGUUUUGUGGUAUUUCGAAGGCCAGCUCAAGAAGAAAUACAUGAGAUUCUUGGAGAAUAUAGAGAAACUUGGUUACGACAAGGUGGAAGCUUCCAAGUCGAAAACCGUCAAGACCCUAUUCACGCUAUUGUGUGAGAACCCAGAGCAAGAACAAUUUCUGCUGACUCGAUUGGUGAACAAGUUUGGCGAUCCGAUGAGAAAAAUCGCUGCGAAAACCUCGCACGUUCUUUCCGAGCUGACCAAUAAACAUCCAGCCAUGAAACCGGUUGUUCUAUCCGAGGUCGAGUCUCUCGUAUUCCGGAAGAACAUCUCACCUAAGGCGCAGUACUACGCGCUCUGCUAUCUAUCCACGGUCGUGUUGUCGAACGACGAGUACGAUUUGGCAUACAAGCUGGUGCAGAUUUAUCUGAAUUUCUUCAAACUGUGCGUCAAAGAGGGCGAAGCCGAUACAAAACUCAUGUCGGUCUUGCUUACCGGUAUCAACCGAGCCCAUCCGUUCUGCGCCACGGAUCAAGAGCUGAUUUCGCGCGAGAACGAAGAUGUUCUCUUCAGGUUGAUAUACAUGGCGUCUCUCCCCAUCGCCAUACAGUGUCUCAUGCUCUUAUUCCAAGUAUUGAGCAAGAAGAACUCUGGCCUCACGUCACGUUUCUACAGUGCUCUGUAUAAGAAGAUUCAGGACCCUGCUGUCGCUGUAACCCACCACCAGUUAAUGAUGUUCAACUUGGUCUAUAAAGCCGUCAAAAGAGACCAGGAGAAGACUCGAGUCAUUGCUUUCAUCAAGAGAAUGCUGCAGCUCUGCUUGACGUAUCCUCCAAACUUGGCGUGUUCCAUGCUAUUGGUGGUCUCCCACAUUUUGAAGGAGCGGCCCAACAUGCUCCUGAACUACCCCAAAGAGCCGAAAAUCGUUGAAGGCGUUCAGAUAAACCCGAAAGAAGUGAAUAGGAAAUACGAUUCUCACACGGAUAAUCCGCUCAAGGCCGGAGCCGAGCGAACCCUGUGUUACGAGCUCUACGCGCUUUCCAAGCAUUACCAUCCGAGUGUGUCGCUUUUCGCGACCGAGAUCCUGAAUCACACCGAGAAGGGCGUCGAAUACUACGGGGAUCCUCUGAAAGAUUUCAGUCUCAUGCAUUUCCUCGACAGAUUCGUAUACCGGAACCCCAAAGCCCAGUCACACGAUGCCCACGAUAAGAUAUUCGGCAGAGCGCAAGAAUAUCAUCCGAAGGGAAUCAGAUCGAUGCCGGUGGGUUCGGCCGCUUACAUGAAUAGACACGAGAAAGCUAUCCCCGUCGAUGAAGCCUUCCUGUACAAAUAUUUUGUUGAAACUGGUCGACGGACCGAUGGUAGCGGAGUCAAUCAGAGGCGAGGCGGGACAGAGAUGCAAGAUCUAGACUCCGACGAAGCCGACGAGUUCCUCGGGGACAUCGAUAAUCACAUGGAUUUCGACGAUGAUCCCGAGGACGACUUCUACUCUGAAUUCAAAGACGGGAAGAAGAAAUUGGUCAAGAGCUCAGAAGACGCGAGCGAUGGAGACGAGAGCGAGGAGUUCGAGGAGGGUAUGGGAGACGACUCCUCUGAUGGAGGCGAUGUACCGAUGGAUGACGACAACAGCGAGUACGAUGCUGAAGAAGAAGACGAAGACGAUGAGGAUAACUUUGAAGAUGAGGAGUUCGGGGGAAAACCGAAAGGGAAAUUGAAUAAAACCUCCAAAAAGAAUCACAAAGUGGGUGAGGAGGACUUGGCCACCGAGAAAUUGGGUGAAAUAUUCGAAAGCAAUAGAGUUGGAGAUUCAGCAUCACUAAACGCGAUGUCGGCCACCACCAGAGCUUCGAAUAAGGUUUCCGACAUGAAGCAACUAGAGUGGGAGCGGAAGAGACAUUAUCAACUGUUCGGGAACAAGAAAUCGAAGGUAUCGCAGCGGUUGAAAAAAGGAAGAGGAUUCAAGAAGCAUAAUGGCAAAAACAAACAAAGCUCGAGUGUCAUUAAGCUGAGCACUGGGAAGAAGAGGGGCGGCAAAAAAUCGAAGUGA